AUAUCAUUAAAACGCCCACGGAGCAGUCGACAUUUCGUAAAUCUUGUAGUCAAAGUUAUCGUUUUUUUUCAUGUGCUGUUCUUCACUUGGUGCCGCUCAUCGAUGCAACACGUGUGACUGUGUUUUACUCGUUUGCAUUUGAACGAAACGCGUUGUGAUAGUUCUCACAGCGCAAUUUCGGUUGCGCGUUUCAGUGAAUUCUUCGAUAUACUUCGCGUGCGCAUUGCGUAGAGCAGCGUGGUGGUUUGUAAUCUAGUGCCGGACGAAGAGAUCAACGAUUGUGUCGUGAAAGAAAGUCAGCUGCGCCGCUAAUCUCACACGGAAGGUAUUCUUCUGCAGUGAAAGAACUGGCAAGAAAAUGAGCCCGUUGAAUAAUAGAGGACCUCUUAUGGGGUCCAGAGUGCCAUCGGCCGGUUUGCGUUCGCUCCCACCGCCUAGAUUCGGUAACAGAAUCGCAUCAUCCGGCAUGCCAAUGCGGAUGCCACCGCUACAUCCGCUACUACCAAUAUCGGCGUUCGGUCUGGGUGGUUACAGAGAGCGGUUACCGCCGCCACCGCCGCCGCUUAGACCUGGUGGUGGUUUAUCGCGACCUAAUGGCAUGCUGCCACUGUAUCCUAGCGGUCAUAGAUCGUGCGGCAUGGCACCCAUUCCGCCGCCGGUCAGACCACGUGGUGUACCGCAUGGACCUUUCAUGCCCUGGUCUCGAAAAAUGUUAUCUCCGCAAAUGAUGCCACCUAUGAGGCCCAAGUACACAGCAAGCAAUGAUACCAAAAUAAAGGCGACGAUUACUGUAAAGAAGCCCAAUAAGGAAGUAAUAGAGUUAAAAAAGCCAUGGAUGACAGAUGAAAUUCGCAACGAAAUACAAAAGAAAAAUAAACUGUAUGCCAAAGCAAAAAAGAGUAAAAUUUUAGCAGAUUGGACAGAGUUUAAGGAUAUGCGAAACAAAGUAACCAAAAUGAUAAGAGAAGCUAAAAGUGAUUAUGUUGCAAAACAUCCUGAACAGGCUCAUCAAUAUCCGAUUGACGAAGAGCCGUAUGAUCAGAGAGACGAAAACUCUGUGAGUACCGACGAGGAGACGUCUUAUUGUUGCGAAAUAUGCGACAGGGAUUUUCCAACCGGAGAUGCUCUCUCUGAACAUAAUAGCACGCAUGUAACGUGCGGCAUUGAUGGAUGCACGUUUACGGCGUAUUCCCAGCUCGUUGACAAGCACAUCAAUAUGCAACAUCUUACUGGUUUGUAUCAAAGGAUGAAAGAUUUGUCGACGCCGGAAGAUAUCGAGAAAUGGAUAAUCGAGCGUAAGAAGAAGUACCCCACUGAGGCUAACAUAAAUUUGCGUAAGGCGGAAGAGUUAGAAAAGUCGCAAAGAGGAGAGGUGAUCAAGCAGAGAUCUUCUAAUGUACAAAUGAAAUCAAAGAUUGCACAUAAGCGUGAGAAAAAACGCCGCAAACGCCUUACACGUGCUGCACGCGACGCCAAGAAUAUCGAUUGUACUUGUACAGAUGAAACGUACAGAGGCAUACGUCCUUUUCGUGGAAUUAUUUCGGAUGAAGAAAAUGAUGAGGAGUGCUCAGACAAUGAAACGAUGCAAACAAAUUUGUCUGAAAAGAUUACUGGUUAUAUUUCAGACGAGGAUGAUAUACCACAAGCAUCUGAGACACUGAAACAAUGCGACGCUAAUUUGCCUAGCACUAGUGCGCCUGUAUUAUCUACUUUAGUAGCAGAUUACAAAUCUGGAAGUGAAUCAGAUGACGGUCCAGAAGAAGUGCCGGUGAAAAAAAUAAAAAUGAAGGACCCUCGAGAUGAUAAAAUAACAGAAAAUAUAGUUUCUAAAACAAUUUCUAGUCAAGUUUGCGAAAAAAGUUCUGAUAGAAAAUUGCGCACAGAUGCAGAUAAUAGAUCGAAUAAAAAAGUCGCUGCUAAACACGACAAACAAAAGCAAGAAAUAAAUCAAGCAGCGAUUAACAAUAAAAAUGAGAGGAUUUUUCAUAAAUAUCAUAACAAAUUAUUAGAAAAAUUGCUCGCGCGUGAUAUACAACAUGAAAGAAAUGUAAUUUGCCAAUGUAUGAAAUAUAUCAUACAAAACAAUUUUUUCGACUCGAAUUGAUCUGAAAUAAUGAUAAUAAUUUUGAAAAAUAAUGUUCCUGAAAUAGAAUAAUUAUGAGAAGUUGUUGUUUGAGAAAAUCUCUUGUUAAUUAUAAAUAUAUAAUCGCGUUGACUACCUCAUUUUAAAUACAAGGUACGAUGUAUCAUCUUUAGAAUUUUUUAAAUACACAGACGUAAAAAACCUUAUAGUUAUAAAAAGUUAUGAUGUUAUAUUAUGUGCUAUUUUUGAUAAUUUAGAAGGCGAAAUGUUUGUUUAUUAAUAAAGCAUAUUUUAAUUAUAAACAUGUUAACUGCCUAUAUUUGGUUCAGAUUUUAUACAUAACUUAUGUAAGUUAAAUAACGCAUAAGAAUCUGAGAAAAAA